GGUUUCUUGAUGGCGAAAGAAACGAUUGUUCGUUUGAAGGCGGUUAGCCAGAGUACUGAGUAGGUGUUGGCAUGCUGCUUGAGAUAAGACGUCGUGACAUCACAAGGCGACGUUGAGGGCCUGAGGGGGAUAACAGCUUAUCAGCGGAGACUCCGUUCCUCAGUCGAUCGUUCUUAGCAGUCAGUUCGACGUCUGAGAUGCGGCCCGUUUUCCCGUCACCGCGAGUCGGAAGCAGCGGCGAGCACGGCCCCUGAGCGGCGGGAGGCGGAGGCGGCGGCUGCCCCCAACCAGUCCGAAAUGGGCCAGAGCCACAGCGUGCCUAUCACCAGCCGCAAGCGGCCCCUCACCAACUCCUUCAGGUCGCCCUUCCGCAGGACCAACACUCAGUCCUCGCUCAGCGCUACAUUCAACUACCUUGAGCCAGAGCUGAAGAUAAACCAAUUGAAUGUCAAUGUCGCUUCAGAAGAAGAAUUGAUGACGCUUCCAGGAGUGACGAGAGCCAUAGCCAAAAAUAUAGUCGAAUACAGGGCCGUCAUAGGCCGGUUCAACAAAGUGGAAGAUCUAGCACUCGUUUCUGGCAUAGGGGCUGAUCGCCUUGAUAACAUCAGGCCUGAAAUUUGUGUUACAAAAAGAAAAAUGCACAGUUGUACUUCUUCGAGGACACAGUCUAUAGACAGUCUUAUGAGCAGUGAAGUUUCUCCCCAAAACCCAAAGACCCCUCUUGAUGUAAACACUGCGUCUAUAUUCCAACUAAUGGGUAUCAGGGGGAUCAACCAGGAACUGGCUGCAUCCAUUAUUGAUUAUAGGGAAAGAAGAGGUGAUUUUUUUACACUGGAUGACCUAUUAAAGGUAAAAGGAAUGAAUCAUGUCCGUUUAGGAUCACUUAGGGCAAAACUCACAGUAAAAUCUGAAUGUGUACCUGAAAGAAAAAUAAAGAGUGAGACAAAACCCGCAAAUGGAAAAAUACCAGGCAAUUUUCUAUGUACACCAGGUGAAAGAAAGAGUCCCUGCAAUGGUGAAGUAGUGAAGGACGUGUAUGAAUUAGUAUCUGCUUAUUGCCAACGACCCAUUUAUCCAGAAAAAGAUAUACCGAAGGACCAAUUUAGAAUAGCCACUUGGAAUUUGAAUGAUAUGUCUCGAAGUAAGGCAGAAAACACAGCAGUCAGGGAAGUCUUCUGCCUUACGCUUCUCGAAAAUAGAAUAUCUUUCGUUGCUGUCCAAGGGGUACAAGAUGCACAUUCACUUCGAAUGAUUUGUGAUGAGAUGAGAGUUCCUAUAUGUAAAAGGUUGAUUGAAUGGAAAGGAUCGAGAGGAAACUGGGUAUCACAAUUUGUACCAAUGCAGAAUACAGGGGGGAAAUUGAAUCUUGGCUUUCUGUACAACGCCCAGCACCUGCGCCAUGUCCUUGUAAAAGUUGUUCAGGACAAUUCUAUCAUGCUCGCUGCAGAAGCCACUAUAAAUUUCUGUGGAAUGAGUCUUGAUGUGCUCAAUGUUCAACUGAUGUCCAACUCUUGCGACUCAACAUUAAAUACACUAUUGGAAACAAUUCAACCCACUGUUAUACUGGGUGACUUUUCUAUUAUUAAAAGCUGUGAUAAGCCAUUGAUAUCGAUGUCAUAUCGUGCAUUGUUAUCUCCGUCCAUUUCCACCAAUGUCCUAUUAAGCAGAACCAACCCUCAAACUAAUUACCAUGACAAUAUUUUCUUUAAAGAAUCAUCUGUGUCAAAAUAUGCUGGUGAAAGUGAUGUUGUGAGGCAAGGUCUUGUGCACUUGGCAAUCCCAUUUGGUUGGAACUGGAAUGGACCAGUAAGCCUUCACUGCCCCGUCUGGGCUCAGGUUGUUUUAUGACGCAACGAAUAGCGUACAACAAAACCAGAACAUUUAAAGUUUUUUUGUUUUUAACUAGGGGGAACUGUCAAUCUGACCAUUAUCCCAAAAUAAGAGUAAUGUAAUAAAUGUAGUAGUGUUUUUCUUUUUUUUCUCUCUACCUUCUUUUUUGCCACCAAUUCUCAAAAUGUUCUUUUGAAAAUGUUUGCUUUGAACAUGUUCUGUGGUGUAAUGUAGCAUAUCAUGCUUGGUUUAAUAAGUCACUGUUUUUAUGUUUUGUAAAUUGAUGUGCUCAAUAUUUAGCAAGUACAAGAGGAUCAUACUUCUUAACAUAGAAAUAAGAUUAGGAAAAAAAGAGAUAUUUUUAUAAAUGUGCAAUACAAAAUGUCAAGACUUUCUUGAUGUUUUAGCUCUGUUAUCUAUUAUUUUAAAUAUUUUAACUAAAUAAAAUGUUGAAAAUAUAAAUGUUUAAACAAUUGGGUGAUUUAAACCCCAUUGAGUUCUUGAACAAAAAUUUAUUUAUCCUUGAAAUUAAGUGAAAAAAAGCUCUUUUUU